CGCCUUCUCAUCCCCACCAUUGGAGGCUGCGGCGCCGAGACCCCUCCUGCUUCUCACUGCUCUUUUCGGCACAACAGCAGGCGGAAGAGGAGGAGGAGGAGGAGGCAGAAGAGAGCAGCAGCCUUUGCAGCAGCCGCAUCCUUCCUCCCGAGCAUCUUCCACAGCAUCCAUCCUUGGGUACCACAAGAGGGCCAUAUCUGCACCGCCCACCUCUCGGAGACUUUGGCUUCCCCGACGGAGACUGGAAACGGAUGGGGGUUGUGGCUCGAAGCCCUCAAAGAAGAGAUCCUUCUCCGCAAUCCGGAAGUCCACGUUAGCUUAGUAGAGUGGCUGGCAGACCCUCCGAAGCAAGCAAGGAGAAGGCUUCUUUCCACAGCGAGACGUCCCUUGACGGUCCACCAUGGAUGAAGGCUUCAAAGACCGGACCGCCUUCAUCCGCGGGGCGAAGGACAUCGCCAAAGAGGUGAAGAAGCACGCCACGAAGAAAGUGGGCAAAGGUGUGGACCGGAUGCAGGACGAGUACACCAAGAGGUCCUACACUCGCUUCGAGGAGGACGACGACGACAAUGACUACCAGCCCCAGGACGGCUACUACCGUGGGGAACCCUCGGUGGACGACGAAGGCGCCUCCAGCGAUGCCACCGAAGGCCACGACGAGGACGACGAGAUCUACGAGGGCGAGUACCAGGGCAUCCCUCGCAACGACUCCAUGAAAGGCGGGGAGCCCUUGACGGCCAACCAGGAGGCGGUGAGCGAGUUCAGGGACUUUGCGGACCUGGAAGGAGAGAAGAAGAAGGAGAAGGAGGAGCUGGCCCAGCAGUACGAGCUCAUCCUGCAGGAGUGCGGCCACGGGCGCUUCCAAUGGACGCUCUACUUCGUGCUGGGGCUGGCCCUCAUGGCCGACGGGGUGGAGAUCUUCGUGGUGGGCUUCGUCCUGCCCAGCGCCGAGAAGGACAUGUGCCUGUCCGACUCCAACAAAGGCAUGCUGGGUCUCAUCGUCUACCUGGGGAUGAUGGUCGGCGCUUUCUUUUGGGGCAGCCUGGCGGACCGGCUGGGCCGGCGGCAAUGCCUCCUGAUGGCCCUCUCCGUCAACAGCGUCUUCGCCUUCUUCUCCUCCUUCGUCCAGGGAUACGGCACGUUCCUCUUCUGCCGCCUCCUCUCCGGUGUCGGCAUCGGGGGCUCGAUCCCCAUCGUCUUCUCCUACUACUCGGAGUUCCUGGCGCAAGAGAAGCGGGGGGAGCAUCUCAGCUGGCUCUGCAUGUUCUGGAUGAUUGGCGGCAUCUACGCCUCGGCCAUGGCUUGGGCCAUCAUCCCCCAUUACGGGUGGAGCUUCCAAAUGGGCUCCGCCUACCAGUUCCACAGCUGGCGCGUCUUCGUCCUGGUUUGCGCCUUCCCGUCCGUCUUCGCCAUCGGCGCCCUCACCACCAUGCCCGAGAGCCCACGCUUCUUCCUGGAGAACGGGAAGCACGACGAGGCUUGGAUGGUGCUGAAGCAAGUUCAUGACACCAACAUGCGGGCCAAGGGACACCCCGAACGGGUCUUCUCGGUGACCCAUAUCAAGACGAUCAAGCAGGAGGACGAACUGGUCGAGAUCCAGUCCGACACGGGCGCUUUGCACCGGCGCUGGAUGGUCCGCUGCUUGAACCUUUCGCAACAGGUCUGGGCCAACAUCCACCAAUGCUUCGCUCCCGAAUACCGCCGGGUGACGCUGAUGAUGAUGGCCGUGUGGUUCACCAUGUCUUUCAGCUACUAUGGCUUGACCGUCUGGUUCCCCGACAUGAUCAAGCACCUCCAGAACAUCGAGUACGCCUCCCGGACAAAGGUCUUCAUCAACGAGACGGUGCGCCACAUCACGUUCAACUUCACCUUGGAGAACCAGAUCCACAGCCGCGGGGAGUACUUCAACGACAAGUUCAUCGGCCUCAAGAUGAAGUCCAUCUCCUUCAUCGACUCGCUGUUCGAGGAAUGUUAUUUUGAGGAUGUCACGUCCAGCAAUACCUUCUUCAAGAACUGCACAUUCAUCUCCUCUGUCUUCUACAACACAGACCUCUUUGAGUACAAGUUCAUCAACAGCCGGAUCAUCAACAGCACCUUCCUCCACAACAAGGAGGGCUGCCAGCUGGACUUCAGUGACGACAACAAUGCCUACAUGAUCUACUUUGUCAGCUUCCUGGGCACCUUGGCCGUCCUCCCGGGGAACAUCGUCUCCGCCCUCCUGAUGGACAAGAUCGGGCGCCUCCGGAUGCUGGCCGGUUCGAGCGUCAUGUCCUGCAUCAGCUGCUUCUUCUUGUCCUUCGGCAACAGCGAGUCGGCCAUGAUCGCCCUCCUGUGCCUCUUCGGCGGGGUCAGCAUCGCCUCCUGGAACGCGCUGGACGUCUUGACCGUGGAGCUCUAUCCCUCGGACCGGCGGACGACCGCGUUUGGGUUCCUCAACGCCUUAUGCAAGCUGGCCGCCGUCCUGGGCAUCAGCAUCUUCACGUCUUUCGUGGGCGUCACCAAAGCGGUGCCCAUCCUCCUGGCGUCGGCGGCGCUGGCCGUGGGCAGCUCUCUGGCCCUGAAACUGCCGGAGACGCGGGGGCAAGUUCUACAGUGAGAGAGAGAAAGAGAGAGAGAAAGAGAGAGAGAGAGAGAUUCGCACUCGGGCCCUGUCCUGCCCUUGCCCCACUUUCCCGCUUUCGGGAGAGAUUUAGAGUCGUAGAGACACUGUGACUGUCGUCUUAAUGUCGUUCUCAUUUCAACAAAAAAGGGGGGACGGAAAAGAAAUGCCAUCCUUAGCAAGCUCCCUUCCCUUUCCGCCAAACUCAUGCGUCCCUUUAUUAUUAUUUUCCCUCUGGAAUGUCCCGGUUUCUCUCCUUUCCUCCUCCUUAGUCCUCGUUCGGCCCUAAAGCUGCAAAGCAGAAUCACUCGGGUCAAAACCAAAGUCUUGCAGCCUCUCCUGCCCAUUUCGUGCCCUUGGAACCUUGGUGGGAUUUGUAGUCUGAUCCCACUUUCCCUCAAUCUCUUCUAUAGCGGUUUUCGUGUGAAUCACGAGGCCGGAGUGGGAAUCCGAGUCCAAAACGGAGGUGUAAGGUUAGACUAGAUGGUCUCAAGGGACCCUGUUUAAAAUCAUUUCCAGGUUAAGGCUGGGUUUAUUUGGUUCAGAUUUCGUUCAGCGCCCAGGGAUAGAAACCAAGUCCAAAACCGAGGGGUGAGAUAGGACUAGAUGACCUCAAGGGACCCCUUUCCAACUCUAUUACUGUCAUUUCCGACUUUAUUUGGUUGUGAUUUUGUUCGGCAUCCAGAGAGGGAAACCGAAUCCAAAAUAGAGGGGCAAGUUAGGACUAGAUGACCUCAAGGGACCCCUUUCCGACUCUAUUCUUGUCGUUUCCAACUUUAUUUGGUUGUGAUUUUGUUCAGCGUCCAGAGAGGGAAAUCGAGCCCAAAACAGAGGACUAGAUGACCUCAAAGGACCCCUUUCUGACUAUAUUCUUGCCAUUUCCGACUUAAGGCUUGAUUUAUUAUGUUGAGAUUUCGUUCAGCAUCCAGAAAGGGAAAUCGAGUCCAAAACCGAGGGGCAAGGUUGGACUAGAUGGCCUCAAGGGACCCAUUUCUGACUAUAUUCUUAUCAUUUCCAACUUUAUUUGGUUGUGAUUUUGUUCGGCGUCCAGAGAGGGAAAUCGAGCCCAAAACAGAGGGGUGAGAUAGGACUAGAUGACCUCAAGGGACCCCUUUCUGACCCUAUUCUUGUCAUUUCUGACUUGGUUUAUUUGGUUGAGAUUUUGUUUGGCGUCAAGAGAGGGAAAUCGAGCAUCUAGAGAGGGAAACUGAGUCCAAAACACAGGGGACAGGUUGGACUAGAUGGCCUCAGGGGACCCCUUUCCGACUAUAUUAUUGUCAUUUCCGACUUAAGACUUGGUUUAUUUGCUUGUGAUUUUUUUCAAAGUCCAGAGAGGGAAACCGAGUCCAAAAUAGAAGGGCAAGGUUGGACUAGAUGACCGCAAGGAACCCCUUCUGACUCUAUUUUUCUCAUUUCCAACUUGGUUUAUUUGGUUGAGAUUUUGUUCGGCGUCAAGAGAGGGAAAUCGAGCCCAAAACAGAGGACUAGAUGACCUCAAGGGACCUCUUUCUGAUUCUAUUCUUGUCAUUCCCGACUUAAGGCUUGGUUUUUUUGGUUGUGAUUUUGUUCAGAGUCCAGAGAGGGAAAUCGAGCUCAAAACAGAGGGGUGAGAUAGGACUAGAUGACCUUAAGGGACCCCUUUGCGACUAUAUUAUUGUCAUUUCCGAAUUGAUUGAUUUGGUUGAGAUUUUGUUCAGAGGCCAGAGAUGGAAACCGAGUCCAAAACAGAGGGGCAAGGUUGGACUAGAUGGCCUCAAGGAACCCCUUUCUGACUCUAUUCUUGUCAUUUCUGACUUGGUUUAUUUGGUUGAGAUUUAAUUCAGCGUCUAGAGAGGGAAACAGAAUCCAAAACAGAGGGGUGAGAUAGGACUAGAUGGCCUCAAGGAACCCCUUUCUGACCCUAUUCUUUUCAUUUCCAACUUGGUUUAUUUGGUUGAGAUUUUUUUUGGCAUUCAGAGACGGAGUCCAAAACCGAGGGGUGAGAUAGGACUAGAUGGCCUUAAAGGACCCCUUUCCAACUAUAUUAUUGUCAUUUCCAACUUGAUUGAUUUGGUUGAGUUUUUGUUCAGAGUCCAGAGAGGGAAACUGAGUCCAAAACAGGGUGAGAUAGGACUAGAUGGCCUCAAGGGACCCCUUUCCGACUCUAUUCUUGUCCCAAGCUUGGGAUUUUGCCCAGAAAUCAGAGUCUGAAGCGCAGGGGCGGCUUUCUCUCUCUCUUUGCCCCAAACUUGAAUCCAGAAGGAAGGGAUAGAUGUUGAAAUGCCCUUCGGAAGACCCGACGGCGUUUCAGGGUUCAACCUGCCCCCCACCUUUUUGCACCAGUGUGUCAAACGAACAACUCCACGCGUGUGCCCUUGUGUCCCGAUCAACCCUUUUUCCUCCUUUUGUUUUGGGUUGUUUUUAAAAAGAAAACGGCACACGUUGAUGUCUGUGUGUGUAUGUGCGUGUGUGUUUUGGUGUAUGUCUGUCUGUACAGAAUCAAUGCAAAAGGCACCGGUCUCGAACCAACAACCCCGCUAUGUGUCAUCCCGAAAAAAAACAAAACGAAAAAAAAUCAUUUUGAGUGUUGUGUAAUUUGAGGGUGUGUGAAACACAACGAAAAGAAAACCCAAACCCAAGCAACCGCUAGCGUCGAUUCAGGUGUGUAACUUUGUUUAGUUUGAUGUUUCCAGGUUUCCAAGUGGGAUUUUUUUCCCUGCUAAAAAAGGUUUGGACACUCCUCCGCCUUCCAAUUGUGUCCCAUUUGCACAACUUUUUGUGUUUGUGCAAGCUGCAUUUCGGUGAGUGUCGUUUGCCCCGUGAAAAAUGACUUACCGAAUGCGCUUUUCCCUCUGCAAAAAAAGCCUUGCUCCUCCGUCUCGGGUUGAAUUUCGGAAUUGUACAAAUCCUUAGGUUACAGAAGUCCGGUGAAAUUCCGUUUGUGAUUUACAAAGUAAUUGAACCCCAGCAUUUCCAAGCUCACGUUGAAAUGCGCAUUGGUGCCCAUUGCUCAUCAGCACUGUGGCACAAUAAUGUUUACAAAUGCAUUGCACACAUUGCUCAUCAGCACUGUGGCGCAAUAGACAUGUCUGCCAAUGUGUUGUGCCCAUUGCUCAUUAGCAUCGUGGCACAACAAUGUUUAACAAUGUGUUGUACACAUUGCUCAUCAGCACCGUGGCACAAUAAUGUCUACCAAUGCAUCGAGCGCAUUGCUUAUCAGCACUGUGGCACGACAGACAUGUCGACCAAUGCAUUGUGCCCAUUGCUCAUCAGCACUGUGGCACAACAAUGUUUACAAAUGCAUUGCACACAUUGCUCAUCAGCACCGUGGCACAAUAGACAUGUCUGCCAAUGCGUUGAGCCCAUUGCUCAUCAGCACCAUGGCACAACAGACAUGUUUACCAAUGCGUUGUGCCCAUUGCUCAUCAGCACCAUGGCACAACAGACAUGUUUACCAAUGCGUUGUGCCCAUUGCUCAUCAGCACCAUGGCACAACAGACAUGUUUACCAAUGCGUUGAGCCCAUUGCUCAUCAGCACCAUGGCACAACAGACAUGUUUACCAAUGCGUUGUGCCCAUUGCUCAUCAGCACCGUGGCACAAUAAUGUCUACCAAAGCAUCGAGCGCACUUUUCAUCAGCACUGUGGCACAAUGGACAUUUCUACCAAUGUGUUGAGCCCAUUGCUCAUCAGCACCGUGGCACAAUGGACAUGUCUAUCAAUGUGUUGUGCCCAUUGCUUAUCAGCACCAUUGCAGAAUAGACAUGUCUGCCAAUGCGUUGAGCCUAUUGCUCAUCAGCACCGUGGCACAACAGACAUGAUUGAGCCCAUUGCUUAUCAGCACCAUGGCACAAUAGACAUCUCUGCCAAUGUGUUGUGCCCAUUGCUCAUUAGCAUUGUGGCACAACAAUGUUUACCAAUGCGUUGUGCCCAUUGCUCAUCAGCACCGUGACACAAUAGACAUGAUUGAGCCCAUUGCUCACGAGCACCGUGGCACAAUGGACAUGUCUACCAAUGCGUUGAGUCCAUUGCUCAUCAGCACCGUGGCACAACAAUGUCUACCAAGGCAUUGAGCCCACUGCUCCUCAGCACCGUGGCACAACGUCUACCAAUUUGUUGUGCCCAUUGCUCAUCAGCACCGUGGCACAAUAAUGUCUACCAAUGCAUCGAGCGCAUUGCUCAUCAGCACUGUGGCACAAUGGACAUUUCUACCAAUGCAUUGUGCUCAUUGCUCAUCAGCCCCGUGGCACAACAAUGUCUGCCAAUGCGUUGAGCCCAUUGCUCAUCAGCAUCGUGGCACAACAAUGUUUACCAAUGUGUUGUACACAUUGCUCAUCAGCACCGUGGCACAAUAAUGUCUACCAAUGCAUCGAACGCAUUGCUCAUCAGCACUGUGGCACAAUGGACUUUUCUACCAAUGUGUUGUGCCCAUUGCUCAUCAGCACUGUGGCACAACAGACAUUUCUACCAAUGCAUUGUGCUCAUUGCUCAUCAGCACCGUGGCACAACAAUGUCUGCCAAUGUGUUGUGCCCAUUGCUCAUCAGCACCGUGGCACAAUGAACAUGUCUAUCAAUGUGUUGUGCCCAUUGCUCAUCAACAUCGUGGCACAACAAUGUUUACCAAUGCGUUGUACACAUUGCUCAUCAGCACCGUGGCACAAUAAUGUCUACCAAUGCAUCGAGCGCAUUGCUCAUCAACCCUGUGGCACAAUGGACAUUUCUACCAAUGCAUUGUGCCCACUGCUCAUCAGCACCGUGGUACAACAGACAGCUCAUGAGCACCGUGGCACAACACAUAUUUACCAAUGCAUCAAGCGCAUUGCUCAUUAGCACUGUGGCACAAUGGACAUUUCUACCAAUACAUUGUGCUCAUUGCUCAUCAGCACCGUGGCACAACAGACAUGUCUACCAAUUCUUUGUAAUGUCACGGCUGUUGUCGCAAAACAGUGCCGUUCCGUUUUGUUCCCUUUCUGAAGAUCUCCUUUCCAAACAAAACACGUAGCCUUUGACUUGGGCUUAUCCAUGCUCAACUUUCAUGGCCACAGCUCCAUGCUAUGGCAAUCUGGGAGCUGUAGUUUGGUGAGACACCAGAACCCUUUGGCAGAGAAGGCUUGUCGUACAGCUCCCAGUAUUCCAUAGCAUGAAGCCAUGGUAGUCAAAGUGGUGUUGAACCUCAUUAAUUCUACAGUGUAGAUGCUCCGCGAGAAAGAAAUCUGUGAAUAGCCUUACACCUGUUUCCCAAUUUCACCGUAUGGAGAACUGGUUUCCUUUCUGGCCAAAUCUGUAUGAAGCCAUAAACAUUCGUGUCUCCCUCCGACCUGGAGGAUGCUGGGGAUUGUAGUCCCAAAGAAAUAUAGAAUUUUAGGUUAGGCUUUUGCUCCAUUGAGUUGGGAGCCAGUUCUUGUCACACCAGGGAUGAACGUGGCACUGUUUUUCCAAAUAAGAAUUCUGGAUCCCAACAGUGACAUUUCUGUUCAGUUUCCGAAUCUCUCGCAUCUGAACUUUUAAAAGUUUUGAGUAAACUUUCCUAUUACGGCCCUGCUCUGUAGCGACACCCUGAAAGACCUCUUUGCCUCGCAGUCUUUUGGACACAUUUUGGGGCCGACUUUCACAUUCCAAAAAAGAUGCCGAAUAACUUAACAGAGCACAAUCCUUUUUGGGAUUCAGCCGGGCCUUGUUAAGAAGGAUAUAGAAAGUGGUAGCGGGUUCAGAAAGGGACAAGGGGGAAGAUAAGAAGCACGGAGAAGGAAUUGUAGGAGGAAAGUUUGGAGACGAAAUCGUAAGAGAUAGAGAAGAACUUCUAGGAGGAAAAGUUGGAGAUCUAAAUCAUAGGAGAUGGAGAAGAAGUCAUGGGAGGAAAGGUUGGAGACCAAAUCAUAGGAGAUGGAGAAGAAGUCAUGGGAGGAAAGGUUAGAGACCAAAUCAUAGGAGACGAAGAAGAAGUCAUGGGAGGAAAGGUUGGAGACCAAAUCAUAGGAGACGAAGAAGAAGUCAUGGGAGGAAAGGUUGGAGACCAAAUCAUAGGAGAUGGAGAAGAAGUCAUGGGAGGAAAGGUUGGAGACCAAAUCAUAGGAGAUGGAGAAGAAGUCAUGGGAGGAAAGGUUGGAGACCAAAUCAUAGGAGAUGGAGAAGAAGUCAUGGGAGGAAAGGUUGGAGACCAAAUCAUAGGAGAUGGAGAAGAAGUCAUGGGAGAAAGAUUGGAGAUGAUAAUAGAUGGAGAAGUAAGCAUAGGAUGAAAGGUUGGAGACCAAAUAGUAGAAGAUGGAGAAGAAGUCAUAAGAGUAAAGGUUGGAGUUGCUCAUAGACGGAGAAGUAAGCAUAGGAGGAAAGGUUGGAGAUCUAAAUCAUAGGAGAUGGAGAAGAAGUCAUGGGAGGAAAGGUUGGAGACCAAAUCAUAGGAGAUGGAGAAGAAGUCAUGGGAGGAAAGGUUGGAGACCAAAUCAUAGGAGACAAAGAAGAAGUCAUGGGAGGAAAGGUUGGAGACCAAAUCAUAGGAGACGAAGAAGAAGUCAUGGGAGGAAAGGUUGGAGACCAAAUCAUAGGAGACGAAGAAGAAGUCAUGGGAGGAAAGGUUGGAGACCAAAUCAUAGGAGAUGGAGAAGAAGUCAUGGGAGGAAAGGUUGGAGACCAAAUCAUAGGAGAUGGAGAAGAAGUCAUGGGAGGAAAGGUUGGAGACCAAAUCAUAGGAGAUGGAGAAGAAGUCAUGGGAGAAAGAUUGGAGAUGAUAAUAGAUGGAGAAGUAAGCAUAGGAUGAAAGGUUGGAGACCAAAUAGUAGAAGAUGGAGAAGAAGUCAUAAGAGUAAAGGUUGGAGUUGCUCAUAGACGGAGAAGUAAGCAUAGGAGGAAAGGUUGGAGACCAAAUAGUAGAAGAUGGAGAAGAAAGCAUAGGAGAAAAGGUUGGAGACCAAAUAGUAGAAGAUGGAGAAGAAGUCAUAGGAGAAAAGGUUGGAGAUGCUCAUAGAUGGAGAAGUAAGCAUAGGAGGAAAGGUUGGAGAUUAAAUAGUAGAAGGUGGAGAAGAAAGCAUAGGAGGAAAGGUUGGAGAUCAAAUCAUCGAUGGAGAGAAGCAUAGAAGGAAAAGUUGGAGAUCAUAAUAGAUGGAGAAGAAAUCAUUGGCGGAAAGUUGGAGAUCAAAUCAUAGAUGGAGAGAAAAGCAUAGGAGGAAAAGUUGGAGAUCAAAUAAGAGACGGAGAAGAAAUAUAGGAGAUGGAGAAGCCAUAAGAGAUGAAAAAGAAAUCACCGGAGGAAAUGUUUGAGAUCCUAACAGAUAAGGAGAAGUAAUCAUGGGAGGAAAGGUUGGAGAUUAAAUAAUAGGAGAUGGAGAAGAAGUCAUAGGAGGAAAAGUUGGAGAUGCUCAUAGAUGGAGAAGUAAGCAUAGGAGGAAAAGUUGGAGAUCUAAAUCAUAGGAGACGGAGAAGAAGUCAUAGGAGGAAAGGUUGGAGAUGCUCAUAGAUGGAGAAGUAAGCAUAGAAGGAAAAGUUGGAGAACAUAAUAGAUGGAGAAGAAAGCAUAGGAGGAAAAGUUGGAGAUCUAAAUCAUAGGAGACGGAGAAGAAGUCAUAGGAGGAAAGGUUGGAGAUCAUAAUAGAUGGAGAAGAAAGCAAGGGUGGAGAUCAAAUUGUAGAUGGAGAAGAAAUCAUUGGCAGAAAGUUGGAGAUCAAAUCAGAUGGAGAGAAAAGCAUUGGAGGAAAAGUUGGAGAUCAAAUAAGAGAUAGAAGGGAAGAUUGGAGAUCAGAUAAGAGAUGGAGAAGAAAUCAUGGGAUGAAAGGUUGGAGAAAUAUAGGAGAUGGAGAAGACAUUAUAGGAGAUUGAGAAGAAAGCAUAGAAGGGAAGGUUUGAGAUCACAAUAGAUGAAGAAGAAAGCAUUGGAGGAAAGGUUGGAGAUCAAAUAAGAGAUGGAGAAGUAAGCAUUGGUGGAAAGGUUUGAGAUCAUAAUAGCUAGAGAAGUAAGCAUUGGAGGAAAGGUUGGAGAUCAAAUCAUAGGAGAUGGAGAAGAAGUCUUGGGAAGAAAGGUUGGAGAUCAAAUCAUAGGAAAUGGAGAAGAAGUCAUGGGAGGAAAGGUUGGAGAUCAAAUCAUAGGAGAUGGAGAAGUCAUGGGAGGAAAGGUUGCAGAUGAUAAUAGAUGGAGAAGAAAGCAUAGGAGGAAAGGUUGGAGACCAAAUAGUAGAAGAUGGAGAAGAAGUCAUAGGAGGAAAGGUUGGAGAUCAAAUCAUAGGAGAUGGAGAAGAAGUCAUGGGAGGAAAGGUUGGAGAAAUAUAUGAUGUGGUUGUUUCUGACUUACCAUGGAGUUUUCUUGCCACAAUUUUUCAUAGAAUCCUUAAAGGAGCCCUAAAGGCCAUCUAGUCCAACCUCAUUCCUGCGAGACAGGAAGACACAAUCAAAGCCCUCCCGACAGAUGGCCAUCCAGACUCUGAAUCAUAGAGUUAGAAGGGAAACCCAAGGGCCAUCUAGUUCAACCCUAUUCCUAAUAGGAAGGAAGACACCAUCCAAUCUUUCCCAACAGAUGCCCAUUCAGCCUAUGUCAGGAUCCCUAUUUUUGUCUGGAGCGUUUCCUAGACUUGUGAACGAACCAUGUAUAUAGUAUAUUUUAUUCCACACUUGGAUAGGGUAUGGAUGGGAAUCACUCUGCAAAAUGGGGCCAGAAUAGAUGACCUCUGGGAGUCCCUUGAAAUGCUACGAGUCUUCCUUCCAUCCAGUCCAAGACUUGGGAACGGACCAUGCACAGAGUAUAUGUUAUUCCAUAUUUAAAUAAGAGUAUAGAUUAGCAGCUUUCUGCAAAAUGGAACCAGACUACAUGACCUCUAGGGUGCCCUUCCAGUUCUACAAUCCAUAUUUCCAUUUAAUCCUAGACUUUUGAAUUGCCCAUGCAUAGAGUAUAUUUCAUUUAGAUGGAGGUUAGAUGGGUAUCUUUCUACAAUUCAUACUUCCAUCUCAUCCUAGACUUGUGAACGGAUCAUGCGUAGAGUAUAUUUCAUUCCAUAUUUAGGCACAGUAUGGACAGGCUUCUUUUUGCAAAACGGGAGUCAGACUAGAUGACCUCGGGGGUCCCUUCCAAUGCUACAAUUCAUCCUUCCACCCAGUCCUAGACUUGUGAAUAGAUCAUGUGUAGAGUAUAUUUGAUUCCAUACUUAAGACAGUAUGAAUGGGCAUCUAUCUGCAAAUAUUUAGAUGGAGGUUAGGGCAUCUUUCUGCAAAAAGGGAGUCAGACUAGAUGGCCUCUGGGGGUCCCUUCUAAUGCUACAAUUCAUCCUUCCACCCAGUCCUAGACUUGUGAACAGACCAUGCACAGAGUAUAUGUUAUUCCAUAUUUAGAUCGGGUAUGGAUGGGCAUCUUUCUGCAAAAUGGGAUCAGACUAGAUGACCUCUGGGGGUCCCUUCCAGUUCUGCAAUUCUUAUUUCCAUCCAGUCCUAGACUUGUGAACGAAUCAUGCAUAGAGGAUAUUUUAUUCCGUAGUUAGAUGGAGGUUAGAAGGGCAUCUAUCUGCAAAUAUUUAGAUGGAGCUUAAAAGGGCAUCUUUCUGCAAAAUGGGGCCAGACUAAAUGACCUCUGGGGGUCCCUUCCAAUGCUACGAUUCGUCCCUCCAUCCAGUCCUAGACUUGUGAACGGACCAUGCAUAGAGUAUAUUUUAUUCCAUGCUUAGGGUAUGGAUGGACAUCUUUCUGCAAAUAUUUAGAUAGAGGUUAGAUGGGCAUCUUUCUGCAAAAUGGGAGCCAGACUAGAUGACCUCUGGGGGUCCCUACAGUUCUACAAUUCAUCCUUCCACCCAGUCCUAGACUUGUGAACAGACCAUGCACAGAGUAUAUGUUAUUCCAUAUUUAGAUCGGGUAUGGAUGGGCAUCUUUCUGCAAAAUGGGGUCAGACUAGAUGGCCUCUGGGGGUUCCACCCAAUUCUACGAUUCAUCCUUCCAGCUGAUCCUAGACUUGUGAACAGACCAAACAUAGAUUAUAUUUUAUUUCAUAUUUAGAUAGUUUAUGGAUGGGCAUAUUUCUGCAAAUAUUUAGAUGGAGGUUAGAUGGGCAUCUUUUUGCAAAAUGGGGCCAGACUAGAUGACCUCUGGGGGUCCCAUCCAAUGCUACAAUUCGUCCUUCCAUCCUAUCCUAGGUUUGUGAAUAGACCAUGCACAGAGUAUAUUUUAAUCCAUGUUUAGAUUGGGUAUGGAUGAGCAUGGUCCCUUCCGAUGCUACAAUUCAUCCUUUCAUCCUGUCCUAGGCUUGUGAAUAGAUCAUGCACAGAGUAUAUGUUAUUCCACAUUUAGACUGGGUAUGGAUGAGCAGCUUUGUGCAAAAUGGGGUCAGACUAGAUGACCUCUGGGGGUCCCUUCAGGUUCUACAAUCCAUACUUCCAUUUGAUCCUAGACUUGUGAACAGGCCAUACAUAGAGUAUAUGACAUUCCAUAUUUAGGCACAUUAUAGAUGGGCAUCUUUCUGCAAAAUGGGGUCAGACUAGAUGACCUCUGGGGGUCCCUUCAGGUUCUACAAUCCAUACUUCCAUUUGAUCCUAGACUUGUGAACAGGCCAUACAUAGAGUAUAUGAUAUUCCAUAUUUAGGCACAUUAUAGAUGGGCAUCUUUCUGCAAAAUGGGGCCAGACUAGAUGACCUCUGGGGGUCCCUUCCAGUUCUGCAAUUUUUACUUCCACCCAGUCCUAGACUUGUGAAUGGACCAGGCAUAGAGUAUAUUUUAUUCCAUAUUUAGAUAAGAGUAUGGAUGAGCAACUUUCUGAAACAUGGGGUCAGACUAGAUGACCUCUGGAGUCCCUCCCAAUGCUACAAUUCAUCCUUCCAUCCAAUCCUAGACUUGUGAAUGGAUCGUGCAUAGAGUUUAUUUUAUUCCAUAGUUAGAUAAGAGUAUGGAUGAGCAACUUUCUGAAACAUGGGGUCAGACUAGAUGACCUCUGGAGUCCCUCCCAAUGCUACAAUUCAUCCUUCCAUCCAGUCCUAGACUUGUGAAUGGAUCGUGCAUAGAGUUUAUUUUAUUUCAUACUAGCUUGGAGAGCCGGCGGUCAUUUGAGAAAGGCAUUGUUUGCCUGUGUUCCAAGUGUAGCCUAUAUCCAAUGUCAGCUGGGUUCAGUGGGUGCGGGUGAGCUCCCAUAUGCAAGUCCCAUCGUCCAGUGUCCAUCCCUCUGCAAACAGAGCCAGUAUGUAGAGUAGGUCAUGGGGGCUCCAUGUACCAUGUUUGGUCUUGAUCAGUCAUUUGUGCGGGUCGCGGUGCUCUCAGGAAGUGAGUGAAGGUAUUGGAAGUCCCAUCGUGCAUGGUCCAUCGUCCUCCAAACUGCACCUGGGUGUAGAGUGAGUCCUGGGUGUUGUCUGUGUCAAGUUUGGUCUUGAUGAGACAUUGAUGGGGGUGACAGUGGUCUCGGGAAGCGAGUGAACAUACUGCAAGUCCCAUCAUCCAAGGUCCAAGCUCUUUCAAACCUCACCAAGAUGUAGAGUGGGCCAUGGUGGCUCUAUGUGCCAAGUUUGGUCUUGAUCAGUCAUUGGUGGGGGUCACAGUAGUCCCAGGAAGUGACUGAAGAUAGUGCAAGUCCCAUCAUCCACGGUCCCUCCCCCCCCAAACUGCACCAGGAUGUAAAGUGGGCUACCCUGCACGUGCGUGUCAAGUUUGAUACAGUUUUGUCAUUCAUGGCCAUCACAGGGGUUUGUGGGAGGUGAAUUGGAUGAAUGUACUGCAAAUCCCAUAAUCCUUGGUCCACCCUCCGUCAAAGUGCUGCAGCAUGUGAAGUGGGUCAUUUGGGAUCUGUGUGCCUGGUUUGGUUCAGUUCUGUGAUUUGUGGCAGUUGCUGUGGUCUCAAGAAGUGAGGGAAGGUACUGCAAAUCCCAUCAUCCUUGGUCCAUCCUGCCCCAAUAUACAUCAGGACGUAAAGGGGACCACAGGGAUUCUGUGUGCCAAGUUUGGUCCAUUUCUAUCAUUGGUGGGCAUUGCAGUAGUCUGUGGGAGUUAAAGUGUUUGAAAGUACUGCAAAUCCCAUCAUCCUUGGUCCAUCUUGCCCCAAUAUACAUCAGGACGUAAAGGGGUCCACAGGAGUUCUGUGUGCCAAGUUUGGUCCAUUUCUAUCAUUGGUGGGCAUUGCAGUAGUCUAUAGGAGUUAAAGUGUUUGAAAGUACUGCAAAUCCCAUCAUCCUUGGUCCAUCCUCCCCCAAACAGCACCAGGCCAUAAAGUGCCUCAUGGGGGUUCAAUGUGUCAAGUUUGGGCCAGAUCCGUCAUUUCUGGUGGUCUCAGUGGCCUGUGGAAGUGGUGGCCAAUCAGAAAGCUGCCACAUACCUGCAUACGUACAUACCCACAUACAAACAUUGACUUUUUUAUUAUAUAUAUAGAAGAUUUAGAUAGGGUAUGGAUGAGCAGCUUUCUGCAAAAUGGGGUUAGACUAGAUGGCCUCUGUGGGUCCCUUCCAAUGCUACUAUUUGUCCUUCCAUCCAGUCCUAGACUUAUGAACGGACCAUGCAAAAGUAUGUGUUUGUUUCUAAAUACUUCUGAGUCCCUUUGGGAAAGAGCGGCCUCCUUGGAGAGGAAAUAAAUCAGUUUAUUUUGGUUGAAAGUGUUCCAAACGUCCGACGGGGUUUCCAAAAGCACAUGGCGUUUCCCGCCUUCCGAAACCUCUUUCCUUCCCGUUCGAUCGUAUCCUUUUUUCCCCGUGUAUAAGCCCGAUUUUGCAACGAAACGAGAAAAAUCAAAAAACGAAACGACCAAUGACAUCCGAUCCAUCCGUAGUUUCUGUCUGUAUGCAAAACAAAAACUCGAGAAAAGACGAUAAAAAAAUAAUAAUAAUCAUCAUAAUAUACGAGCAAAACCUUGUGCUGUGGUGUAGUUUUUAGGUGUUUGUAAAAGAAUAAUUGAAAAAAAUAAAAAACACAAAACGACGACAAAUCAGGAAACGAGAAAACAAACGAGCGAAAGAAAAAAAAAAAACCAUUCCGUGGUGGUCUUCUUCUCCGGUUCGUUCCAUUUUGUAUAAAAAAAAAAUAUAUGACAAAAAAUAAAUAAAAACCAGAAGCCGAGAAUGAGACGACGACACAACUCGAGUGUCGAGCAAAGUGUGUAUGUUGUGUGUAUGGAGCGGGUGGGGGAAAGAAAGCGUCUUUUUUUGAAAGGAGAAUCAAUAAAAAUGUGGUACGUGUCCGGCUUCGGCCCAACGCCAGGCUCUCGACUCCCUUCCGCCUCUGGUGUUAUGAACUCGUAGUCGAUACAAAUCAAUGUAAAAAUGGAGAUACAAAAAAAUCAAUAAAAAGAGUUUGAAAAAAAUUAUAAAUA